AAGAAGGAGAGGGCAAAUGGGAGGAAGGACAAGAUUUGAAAAUUGCGGGUGUGUCGCUUUUUCCAACGGCGACCCGUUACAGCUAGCGAUCCUCUAAAGCCACAUACAAGCAUACGUGGCAAAUGGGAGAAAAUCCAGCAACAGGGCAACCAGACGGAGGGGAAAAAUCCAAAGGAGUUAAAAAAAAGUAAAAGAAAGGCAACAAAAGCGUUUGAAUUUUCAAAGAUGAAAAAAACCAAAGAUCGUGAGGGUAGGAGUAGUAUAUUAUAGUAUUAUUAUUCCUGGGUAACCCACCCAAGCAAAUGACGGAGGUCCAGUGCUGAUGCUUUACUGUUAUCUCCCAAGAAAGAAAGAAAAACCCAAGGAACAAAAUUCACACGCGCUCUCACACGACAAACCUUCAGAAAGGGAAAAUUAGAUGAAAAAAACAAACCAAAAAAAAAAAAAAGCAAAGCAGCAGCUCAAUCACUCUGUAAACGUCACCGUUUUCAGCUUCUCCGGUUACUUCUCAGCUCUGACAGUCUCUAAUCGGUUCUUGUCAGUUCAAUCCUUUCUGCGUGAAGACAGACCUUCUGGUAGUGCAAGAGUACUAGGUUCUCAGCCUUCAUCAUCUUCUUCCAAUGGUACAAACUCAAGACCCUCCUCUGCUGUAAGGAGAGGGGAUGCCCGUCGUCGAAGGAGUCCAUUGAAUUCUGGUUUGUGGAUUUCUAUUGAACUAGUUCUUACUGUGAGCCAAAUUGUAGCGUCUAUUGUUGUCUUGGCUUUGUCAAGGAAUGAGCAUCCCCAUGCACCGCUGUUUGCUUGGAUUGUGGGUUAUGCAUCUGGAUGCAUAGCAACCCUCCCUCUUCUUUAUUGGCGUUAUCGUCAUCGUAACCAGGCUUCUGAGCAAGACCCAGUUCAACAUCAUCACACUUCACACAUUAAUGUCCCUGCUGGACCCUUUUCUCUCUCUGUCACAAGGACUUCUGAUGGGGGUGAUCAUCGUCCUGCAACUAUGUCUCCUAGAGGUGGUCAUAAUGCAGGAGUAACAAGUGCAAGAAUUAAAGCACUAGUGGAAUACUUCAAAAUGGCUUUAGAUUGCUUCUUUGCUGUUUGGUUUGUGGUUGGCAAUGUUUGGAUAUUUGGUGGGCGUUCAUCUGCCAGUGAGGCUCCUAACAUGUACAGGCUAUGUAUAGUUUUUCUUACAUUUAGCUGUAUUGGGUAUGCUAUGCCCUUCAUUCUAUGUGCUACAAUCUGCUGUUGCCUGCCUUGUAUUAUUUCCGUCCUUGGAUUUAGAGAGGAUCUAUCACAGGCCAGAGGGGCCACGCCCGAAUCAAUAGAUGCUUUACCAACUUACAAGUUCAAGGUGAAGAAAAGUAGAAAUGGAGAUGAUAGGGAAAUCGUCUCAGGUGCUGGUGAGGGUGGGGUUGUGGCUGCAGGAACAGAAAAGGAACGUGUCAUCUCUGGAGAAGAUGCAGUGUGCUGCAUUUGUUUGGCAAAAUAUGCAAAUAAUGAUGAGCUGAGGGAGUUGCCAUGUUCUCAUUUUAUGCACAAGGAAUGUGUGGACAAGUGGCUUAAGAUCAAUGCUUCCUGUCCUCUUUGCAAGAGUGAGGUUGGUGAGAACAUUUUGGAUGCCAUCUCUGGGACAAGUGCCAGCAUCUUGAGUUCACUCUCUGGAACGCACGAUAACCAACGACGAGCUGCAUACAGUUUGAUGAUCUUUCUUCUUAUGUGUUGGGUGGUCGUCCCUUCCAUUCUUUAUGGUUGUCUUACGGGGUGAGAUGUAGCUUGUUAGACACACACACGGCAAUUCUCCAAUUACCAAACAUGAUGUAGCCAGAUUGUGCAAUGUCACCAUCAAUCAAAAGAGCCAUGUAAAAUUUAUUGCUAUGUCGCCAAUCAGAGUGGAAAAUGAUUUGCUAUGUAAUUGCACAUACAGUUAUAUAAAUAAUAGAGAUUUUGCAAAAUUUGCAAAGAAUUUUAGGUUUUUGCCUGCAAAAUCAUUUGUACUGGGGACUUCAAAGCAAUGAAUGAAGAAAAACUUUUCUGACUUUUCCUCAA